UUUACUUUAAACAUCGCAUCAACAAAAGGGAGCGCCACGUUUUCUAGCUAAGCUAAACAACGCUUUGCAGCACUGGCUAUACCCGUUUGUUUUGUUCGGUCAUUCUGCUUUGAAAAAAAAUAAACGUGCCUAAGGUUUUCGCACUUAUAUUUAAGGUGAAAGGUCUUUCUACUUUAUUGUUAAAAUAUAAUAAGAAAAUGCCAGCCAAAUCAAAGCCAAGACUUUCGCGUGGUGUCCUGGACAUGAAGUUUAUGCAGCGCACAAAAAAUAAAGUAGAAAAGGAGGCAGACGAUGAACAGAGUAGAGCACUGUACUCCAACGAGAUCAACCAAAAGAUGCUUAAUUCCACCUCGAAUUUUAUGGUGGAGUCCAGCUACUCAAUAUGCGCAGGCCUGAUAGACGGACGCCUCAGUUUCCGGGGUAUGAAUCCGGAGCUGGAAAUUCUCAUGGAACAGGAGCUGGCAGAAAAAGAGGGCCGCGCGAGGCCGGAGCAGCCCAAGGAGGUCUCCGACCAAGACAUGGUGAAGGCUUAUUAUGCCAACAAGGCGCCGACGGUCACCGGCAGCAUGAGCAAAAAGUUUAACACCAAAAAGGACUUUAAAAGAAAGAAGAUCGGCGAAGACAGUGGAAAUCCACAUUCCACGAGGAAGCAAAACUUUAAGAAACCACGAUCGGAUGACGAUUAGUUUACUACUUAGUUUACUACUGACUUAGCUCUUAGUUAAAUAAAAAUACGAAUUCAAUUGUA